AUUAAACGAAGCUUUGAGGCAAGGAACGAGUGUGGCGUUUUUGACUUGCGCGUUCCUCAUGUUCUUGUUCAUGUUCUUGGAUCUGAUUGAACCCUAAUCUAAUCUGAAAGCUUGGUCUCGAUCGUAACGAGACUCUGUUUCUCCCUCUCUCAGGCCAUGCGACUCUGCUCCUCCGCCAUCGCCCUCUCCAGAGAGGACUCCUUAUUCACUUUCGCUACUAUCUCCUUCUCUCUUCUCGAUUUCACCAACCAUGUCCUCCGAUACCCACGCCGCCCCUAAUAUCAAUCCCAAGGGUCUCUUCUGCAAUGCUGCCGCCGGUGCAGCCGCCGGAGUUAUUGCUGCUGCGUUUGUGUGUCCUUUAGAUGUCAUCAAAACUAGGCUUCAAGUUCAUGGGGUACCGCAGCUCGCUAAUGGAAAUGUUAAAGCACGCAGUAUAAUAGUUGCUAGUCUGGAACAAAUAUUACACAAGGAGGGGUUACGCGGCAUGUACCGUGGGCUGGCUCCCACUGCGCUGGCUUUACUUCCAAACUGGGCGGUUUAUUUUACCAUGUAUGAGCAGCUCAAGAGCCUUCUUCAUUCUGAUGAUGAAAGUCAUCAUCUUUCAAUUGGAGCUAAUAUGAUAGCUGCUUCUGGUGCUGGGGCUGCAACUACCCUGUUUACAAAUCCACUUUGGGUUGUGAAGACUAGACUCCAAACCCAGGGAAUGAGACCUGGUGUUGUGCCAUAUAGGAGCACGCUAUCUGCAUUGAGGAGAAUUGCCCAUGAGGAGGGCAUUCGGGGGCUGUACAGUGGCCUUGUACCUGCCCUGGCUGGUAUCAGUCAUGUUGCCAUCCAAUUUCCAACGUAUGAGACAAUAAAAUUUUAUUUGGCUAAUCAAGAUGACGCAGCAAUGGAUAAACUUGGUGCACGUGAUGUUGCAAUUGCCUCAUCAGUCUCCAAAAUUUUUGCAUCCACAUUGACAUAUCCUCAUGAGGUUGUACGUUCCAGACUGCAAGAACAAGGGCUCCACUCAGAGAAAAGGUACUCUGGUGUGAUUGACUGUAUUAGAAAGGUUUUUCAACAAGAAGGUGUACCUGGUUUUUACCGAGGGUGUGCCACGAACCUUCUGAGGACAACACCAGCUGCUGUGAUCACAUUCACCAGCUUUGAAAUGAUACACCGUUUUCUUGUUUCACAUUUUCCUUCUGAUCCACAUCCUCAAAUUUUGUGAUGAUUGAUCAUGGCGGUCAUCUGUCAUCUGUCAUCUGUAGCAGUAGAUUCCGAAACACAAGCUAGUACAGCUGAGUAAUCCUUCUCCUGGCAAUGCAGAUCCCAUUCUUUGUGAUUUUUAGUUUAUAUACGGUAGAGUCCCACAUCAUUUUAGCCAUAAUUGAGCCUGGUCUCCCUGGUCAAACUUGUGCAAGUUAUUGUCUUUGUAGGGAGACCGAGGGAUAAUUAUAGAUUCGAGAGUGAUAAUGACGAUAAAAAUGAUAAGGUGGCACGAGGAUGUCCUGCUUAUUUCAUUUGGAAACUGUUUAAAAUUAUCAUAUCCUGUUUAAGAUUCUC